GCAGAGAAGAUUUCAUUGGCGGAGCCCCAUCAACGGCAACUAAUCCUGUCAGAACGAAAGAAAAUUGUAAAUGCUCUCUCCAGAAACUGUCCGCCCAUUGCAGCUAAUCGAACACAAACGCACAAAUAGAGACACCAACCACUCUUGCUCUGCUGCUACACACAGCGGGUGAGGGCGAGGAGACCAGUUCCUGGGAGCAGGCACGCGGGGGCACAGACACACUCACUCGCACACACGCACACACGCACACGCCAGCCUGCGGGCUUGGCCAGAGCCCUGAAGUCACAGAUCUCACUUGGAAAUCGCCAGAGGCGCUGGGAGAAGUGGAGGAGCGCAGCUCCCAGACACUAAUUACUACUUCCCCGGCACUCGGGUGAAGAAAUGAAGCCCGCCCAGCUCUUUGCCGUAUCCAGGUCUCCUUUCUGUUUCGGUGUCCACAGUCAUCUCCCUGAAAGCCAGAUCCAGGGAGAAGGCAAGCGGGCAGCCAGCUGAGGACUUAAAGCCGUGCCGCUCGCUCCCAAGCCGGUCCAACCUUGAGCCCGCCAAAGGCUCUUCGCUCCAGCCAGACUUCAUCAGAUCGCAGCCCCGGGCGACUAAGUCAGCGACAGGUUUAAAUGUUUCUUUGGCCACUUGACUACUGAACACAAAAUGAAUAACUCAACUAACUCCUCGAACAAUGGCUUGGCUAUUACCAGUCCUUACAAGACAUUUGAAGUGGUAUUUAUUGUCCUUGUGGCUGGAUCCCUCAGUCUGGUGACUAUCAUUGGGAACAUUCUGGUCAUGGUUUCCAUUAAAGUCAACCGCCACCUUCAGACUGUCAACAAUUACUUCUUGUUCAGCCUGGCCUGUGCUGACCUCAUCAUAGGUGUUUUCUCCAUGAACUUGUACACCCUCUACACUGUGAUUGGCUACUGGCCUUUGGGACCUGUAGUAUGUGACCUUUGGCUAGCUUUGGACUAUGUUGUCAGCAAUGCCUCCGUUAUGAAUCUCCUCAUCAUCAGCUUUGAUAGAUACUUCUGUGUCACAAAACCUCUGACCUACCCAGUUAAGAGGACCACAAAAAUGGCAGGCAUGAUGAUUGCAGCUGCGUGGGUCCUUUCGUUCAUCCUCUGGGCCCCAGCCAUUCUCUUCUGGCAGUUUAUCGUCGGGGUGAGGACUGUGAAGGAUGGAGACUGCUACAUCCAGUUCUUUUCCAAUGCUGCUGUCACCUUUGGCACUGCCAUUGCAGCUUUCUAUCUGCCUGUCAUCAUCAUGACUGUGCUCUAUUGGCACAUAUCCCGGGCGAGCAAGAGUAGAAUAAAGAAGGAAAAGAAGGAACCCAUAGCCAACCAAGACCCGGUGUCUCCGAGUCUGGUGCAAGGAAGAAUUGUAAAGCCAAACAACAACAACAUGCCCGGUGGUGAUGGUGGCCUGGAGCACAACAAGAUCCAGAAUGGCAAGGCUCUGCGGGACGGCGUGACUGAAAAUUGUGUUCAGGGGGAGGAGAAAGAAAGCUCUAAUGAUUCCACGUCAGUUAGUGCUGUGGCCUCCAAUAUGAGAGAUGAUGAGAUAACCCAGGAUGAAAACACAGUUUCCACUUCCUUGGGCCACUCCAAAGAUGACAACUCUAAGCAAACAUGCAUCAAAAUUGUCACCAAGACCCAAAAGGGCGACGCAUGCACUCCAACGAGUACCACUGUAGAACUAGUUGGGUCAUCAGGUCAGAAUGGGGAUGAAAAGCAGAACAUCGUAGCCCGCAAAAUUGUAAAGAUGACCAAGCAGCCUGCCAAAAAGAAGCCUCCUCCAUCCCGGGAAAAGAAAGUGACCAAGACAAUCUUGGCUAUCCUGUUGGCUUUCAUCAUCACGUGGGCGCCAUACAAUGUCAUGGUGCUCAUCAAUACCUUCUGUACACCCUGCAUCCCCAAUACAGUGUGGACAAUCGGCUACUGGCUCUGUUACAUCAAUAGCACCAUCAAUCCUGCCUGCUAUGCACUUUGUAAUGCCACCUUCAAAAAGACUUUUAAACACCUCCUUAUGUGUCAUUACAAGAACAUAGGCGCUACAAGGUAAAAGACCUUUACAAAAGAAGAAAUGCAGUCGAGUGUGUCUUGGGGAUGGACAGGGACAAGACAGCUGUGUUCAUAGUGAUCUGCCCUUGCACUUUACAAUCUUACUACAACGUGCAAUUAAGGAGUUUUAGAGACACUCUCGUUGUGCCCAUGCUCCAGUUUGAAAAAUAAAUAAAUAGCCUUCACCUUAUAAACCCUGUCAGUUAAAGAGACACGCUGAAGUUGCAGACCUAAGAAACAAUCUCUACUGUCUCCUGCUUUCUUGAAGAAGGGCUUCAGAAUCUACAAUUUCAUGUCUCUGCACAAGAAGAAUAAACUUGUUAGUUUGUUGUUUCUUUCUGUUGUCUCUAUCCCCCCCCCCCACUCCCACCGUGAGGUGAUGAGAAAGAAAUGGCACAUCACAUGCUAACACAGAGACCUAACAUAAAGAAGCAGGCACUAUACAAUGAGAGAUAAGAAGAAAGAAGAUCAAACAGGAUGUGGAGAUGGUCUGCACAGCACUGAGCAUAUUCUCGGUGAUGCUGUCCUCUGACAUGAAGGAUUUUUAACAGAAUCACUGCUUAUUUCUUCUCUCUUCCCCUUUCCCAUCACAGAAAGCAAGAAAGCAAAACAACAAAAGCCCAACUAGGCCAUACUAUUUUUUUCUACUAUUUUUGUAGUUCCUGGUUUUAUAUUGUAUAUGGAUAGUAUCUGCAGGACUUCUAAAUCUGGCCAGAGUCACCCAUGAAAAUGGACACUGCUGCUCCCCACUGUGUCACUGCAUUCUUUGAUGGUGUACAAACCUGUAAGGAUUCCAUUCACUUGAGUUCCUUCCUGUGGAAAAUUUUUACCCAUCUGAUUUUCUUCUCAACUAGCCCAUUUUAACAAUGUAGUCUGCCUAAGACAGAAAUACGCUUGGGAAACCAAAGUCAUUUAAACUUACUUUUUAAUCACAUUAGAAAAUGGUCUGUCUAGUUGGAGAAAGUUCACUGAGGCCAGAUAAAGUCUGAGAUGAGAAGACAGAAGGUCGGAAGGGCAAUCUGUUUGAACAUGAACCUGCCUGACCCGUGUGCACAAUGUGAAUGUGUACAACACAAACUCUUGACUUUGUCAGCAGGAAGAUGAUGUUGGUGUGCUCAUUUGGAGUCUCAAUUAGUUUACUGUGUCAACCCCAAGAGGAAAAGACCUUAUAUUCAAUGUCUGUUAGCAUACAGUACUCAAACAAUACUCAAAUGAAGUUUUCUAUAAUCAUACUAAGACAUGGGGUGGGGAAAUGGGUCAUACAAAAUAUUUACUAAUACUACCUGUUCCGUGUUCUUCCAGUUGUCUUCAAGUCUCUGUAAGAUAAUAUUGCUUCAGAAUUGACUCAUUGGGAGAGUUAUAUUAAUCUUUGUGGCUUAAAUAUAGUGGAAAACCAAACAGAGCCAAGGUAUGCCCACAGACUCUGAUGGAAGAGUACAUGUGGUUCUCGCCAUGCUAUUUCCCACAGUCUAAUCAAUCCACAAAUAGCUGUCACAGAAAUGAGUAUUAAAGGGUAAUACUAAACACGUAACAUCUGUGUAGGAAAUCCAUACUUGACACUCUAAAAAAAAUGCAGAAUUAUACCAAAUCUACACUAACUAGUUGUUUUUGUCUUCAUAUAAUUUCUUCCAUUAAAUGUUAUGGUAUUCCAAUCAGAUUUUCUAAGUGUGGGCCUGAUGAAGAGAAAUUGAAGUUAUAAAUUCUUUCGUAAAGUUCAGAUUCUCACUGAUGUGUUUUGAUUCCUUCUCUGCCGUUCCACGAGUAUUAACAAGGCAGGUUCAUCAGUGUGAAGUCCUAAGAGUUACCAGAGUUAUUUUGUCUGACUUUGCAUAUCAGUAACAUCUCAGCAAGUGGGUGAUAAGGGAUAAGAGAGUAGCAACAGCAACAUUGUCAGCUAAUAAGAAACAAGUUGCUAACAGUAUAUGUAUUUACCCUUUAUGAACAGAACUUACUGUUUGAGUAAUUUCAGUUGGUUUUAACCUCAAAAUCCCCUAUAUGUAAAAUAUAGAAUUGGUUCAAACAGAUUGAUUUAGUCUAUAAUUAAUUGGUGUAGUUCCCUUAGUUCAGAAUUACUAAAAUGUAAAGUUUGAAUUUUAAGAUAACAUUUAUUUUUAUGUUGUUUCUUCAACUAAUUGAACAGAAAAUAGUUAUCUCCAGUGGAUUUCUUGGUUUCCUGUAAGAAAUGUUAUCAAUCUCUGUUGUAUACCACUGUGAUGCAAACAUGGCUUCCAUUGGGGCCAACACUUUGGAGUCCAGGAUCCACUGUCUAUCUCUGUUUGCUUUAAGACCAAUCUACCAUGAGCCAAUCUUUGUGUUGUUCUGUGUCUCUAUUGUAUUCUUUCCUUGAUUUGUUCUGUGCCUAGUAAUUUGCCACAGCUGCCACAACUUCAUUGGAAGAGAAACUGUCAAGUUCAAGAGGAAAAUGAAAAAGCAGUCUAACAUAACACAAAAUUUUUCUCAAAAGAAUCAGAAAGAAAAGGAAGGAUAUUGGCAUGUUUGGAGGGAAAAUGUCUUCAAAGAUCUUUCUUUACUGUUGCUCACUUUGCUUUUUUUUUUUUUUAUGACUCUCAGGCAGAGGCAAUUUUUACCCUAUGGACACUUAGUAAUAUGUAGGGCCAUUUUGAUUGUCACAACUGGGAAUAGGCCUUUGUAUCAAGUAAGAAGGAGCUUUGAAUACACAAACUAUCCCCCACCCCCAAAAUGAUUUGGCUCAAAAUGGCAAGGAUACUAGGACUGAGGAAGAUGAGUUUAUAUUAAGGGAUUUCUGAAGCUUCUCUUCUUAACCCUCCAUCAUUUAAGCAAACAAACAAAAAAGAUUAAUGCAAUUUGCUUUCUUGUGAGCAAAGCUCACUCAUCAGCUAUCAUAAAUUCUCGCACUAAUUAGGAUUUGAAGAGCACAGACCACACUUACAUGUUGAAACCAGCAGCUUUCACACACCUAGAGCACUGUGGCAACUUAAUGCCUGGUUAUAACACCGAGAGUCUGGGGCUUUGUCCAUGAACAUUGCUGCUUCUAGUCUGAUCAGUUUCUACUGGAAACAUCAUUUCUUUUCCUUUCAGACUAAUGACUAACCCUUUAAAGAAACAGUAUGACUCAUCUCCUUUGCUUUCACUAGAACUGUCAGAAGCUGUCAAACCUUUAUUAUUUUUUUCUUCUCAUAGCAAUAAUGUAAAUAUCCCAGAGUGGUAUUAUAAAAAGAGAAGAUUAAGAAUAUGAAUAGAGGAGUCAGCUCACUUCUAGAGCAAAGAAAUGAUUGCCUCUUGACCAAGUCAUGAUUACCUUAAUGACAUAUCCCAAGUAUUGUGACAAGAUCACCAAUAUAGUAAGCUACAAAGGAUAAGAUAAACCAUCUGGCUUGAUAUAUGGAAUCUUGAAUCCCACAUCCUCCUGCUUUUUUGCCCUACUCAGUGCUGUUUGAUCCUGAAGAGAUGAUGGCUUGAGAGAAGAUUAGAUUUCAAAAUGAUACCAACAGUUAUUUACCAAUGCAACCAACUUUUAUUUUCUUGUAUUUAGUUCAUCAACAGUUGCUCCCCUUUUCAAUUUGAUAAUAUCUUUAUCAACAACCAUAGCACUGGUGUUGCACAUAGAUUAGAAAGGCACCCACGGCUGGGUAAACUUGUGAGACAUGUAUUCUCAGCAUGUAUAUACAAUGCCUCUCCAAUAGGCUUCUCUUAAAAGGGUGCACGCUGUAGCAUGAACUCUGUGUAUAUUUAAUAUACCUUCCCAUGAUAUGCUGUAUGCUUCAUAUAUAUUAUAUAAAUAAAAUAAAAUGUACAAUAGAAAUACAUAUUUCUGUAUGCAAAUAAAUAUAUUAUACACAAAAUUGUAACAGACACUCUGGCAUAUAUGUUGUUUCAUAGGAAUAAGAGUAAAUUUUAUUGUGCUCCAUUUUAAAAGAAAAUCACAUUUUGCAUCAGAGGAAGAGAUUUAAGAACAGCAAAACUCCUGUUCACAUUAAUAUUCAACUGAUUUAUCAUCUUUGAGUGUCUGGCACUGAUUUUAGAGAUCUCUUAGAGGAAUAAAUUAAUAAAUCUUGCUGGUAUCAGCCC